GCAGUAGUGUCCCGACUGUGCGCUGAGGUGGACUUCUUCCCUGUGCUCAGUGAGAAAGGAGCCGAGAGCUGCAGCAGCUGGAGACCGUAAACAACUAGCAACACCUGAGACACCACGAUGAUCCGGAUAGCCGCCUUCCUCGCCCUACUAGUGGCCGUCUGCUCAGGAGAGAGCUGCACAGACCCAGUGAUCACUCCGUCGGCCUACACCACCUCAGAUGCCGUCAUCUCCUCAGAGUCUGUCUUCAUCGUUGAGCUCAGCCUGGCCUGUGCCAACGGAGCACAGAGUGUGACUCUGUACGCUGAUGUCAAUGGGAGACAGUUCCCUGUGACUAGAGGACAGGACGUGGGCAAGUACCAGGUGUCCUGGAGUCUUCCUCACAAACAGGCCAGCUCUGGAACAUACCAGGUCAAAUUCUUCGAUGAGGAGUCCUACAGUGCCCUGCGCAAGGCCCAGAGAAAUAAUGAAGAUGUAAAUGCCAUCCAGCCUCUCUUCUCUGUUAACAUUGACCACAGGGGUGCGUGGAACGGCCCAUGGGUGUCUACUGAGGUGGUGGCUGCCCUUCUUGGUAUUCUGGUCUACUACAUGGCUUUCAGUGCAAAGAGCACCAUCCAAGCAUAAACUGAUCCACAAUCCUUUUUUUUUAAACCACUGGAUCGUUAAAGACUGAAUAGCUCAACCAGCGAUCCAUCAUCCAGUGUUGUGGCAAACCAGCAGAACCUUGCCACGUGAUCUCCGUUUGGAUGAGGAGCAAGAGAAGCAGUCUUUGUAUUUUUGUAUUCAGACUGUGUCUGUAUGCGGUCAGUCUUAUCAAUGAACAGAUUCAUUUUGUCACAAGUUUGUCUUCUCAGUAUGGCUGGAAAUGUGUAAUUAUUAUUAAUUUCUUUUGUAAAACCAGAUCAAUUCACCACAACCACAUAAAUAAACAAAACAAACAAAAGAAUAUUUUCUGUAUUUGGUCCUGCCCUAAAAGAUGCUUGUACAUCUAGACUAGAUUAUCCCUGGUCCUUCCAGGUGGAUACACUGGUCAGAGUGGGACUUGUACAGCUGUGCAGAAUACCAACACAGAGAGGUCAAGCCUUCUGUGCAUAUAAAUUGACAAUUAUGUGACUGCACUGGCUGGCCUGAACAGGCUAAGUUGAUAUUGUCGCUUCCAUUAAAAUGAAUAAAUGGCUUGUUUUUC